CAAAAGAAAAAUAUGUAUCAAAAUUCAGGUUAUUUUAAUAUUACUCUCUUGUAAAUUUUCUAUUAUUUGUAUAGUUUUGUGUAUUUAAAAAAGAAGUUCAGAAUUUUAUAAUAACCCAAAUUGGCUAAAUCUACCUGGAGACUGUAAGCAUACACAAAAUAUAAUGGUGGUUUUGAUCGUAAAGUACUUUGCUGUAAAAUAGAAACACAAAUGAAAGAAGUUAAGCUGUUUCCAAUGAAAGAUGUCAAUGUCAAUGGUACAAAUGACUCACAUAGCAGCGUUUGCGAUUGUCGUGGCUAUUAGUGUCUACAGGGCAUAUGUAUUUUACCAGAGGAGUUUAAAAGAGCAGAUGUUGCAAAAGAAGGAGGGAGCCAAGAGACAUAAGUGUCCUGAAAAGCAGAACCUUGACAUAGACCUGGCGAGGGUGAAACUCAGAUGCUCCGCUGUCACUUUCAACGUGACAGGCUUAAAACAAAUCGAAAGAAAACUGAGACUGAAAUCGCUCCAGGUCAAUCAUUACAAUGGUCUUGUACACGCAACUUGUAAAGCUGCUUUGAACACAGGAGGGCCGGGCUUUCUCAUGGAGAUAGUGAAAAUUGCCCACCAACACGAUCGAAAGAUGAAGCAGCAUUUCAUUCUCUAAGUUUCAUAUUUUUAUUGCCUGAUGUUUCUCACUAACACCAUUUGAUAAAAAAAGAAGUAAAUGGAAAUAAUAGUUCAUAAAGAAAUCCAAUAAUCAUUUUGUUUGAAUUUUAACUGACAAAUUUAGUCAUAAAAAUAAAGACAUUAUUCC